CCGUACCGUGUUAUCUGAAAGAAAAGCGCAACAACAUUCUAAACUUCUGCUGACUGGACCACAUUAUAAUAUUUCCAUCUCAUUUUUGGACUCUGUCUUUGUUGACACGUGUAAUAUAACAACAAUGUGUAUUUAUAAUACUCUCACUGGAUGUAAUAAGACGUCGUUAUUUGCUACUCACCGAAGGAGUUAAAUAUUUAACACAUCUGCAUUGGUAGAGCUCUUUGUGUCACCUGCUUUGAAAAACUCUUGAGCUGCACCGGAAAGUCAUCUUGCAGGUCACCUUGGCAUACAUUGAUGCAGGAAAUACUUUGAAAUCAAAUCUGUUAAGACAACUUGCCCUCGACAUUCAGUCUUCAGAGUAAAAAUCCUCUACACUAUGUCAUCUAACCAGUUGUUCAAAAGCCAACAUGAACAGGCCUACAUGUCCCUGAUGAGAGGCAUGAAGGAGCUGGACCUACAGGGACCCUGUGUUCCCAGUGACCUGGUCCUGAUCGGAGACCAUGCUUUUCCUUUAGCAAUGAACAGUCGAGGUCAGGUGCUGAUGGCUGCCUCUCUGUACGGCAGUGGAAGGAUUGUGGUCCUGGGUCAUGAGGGCUACUUGACAGCCUUUCCUGCUCUGGUAGAAAAUGCUCUGACCUGGCUGAGAGGUGAUGGCUCUGAUAACCUCUCUGUAAGGGUGCACAGAAGUGUAUGUGCAGUUGCUAAUAACCUCCAAAAAUCCAGCUUCCAAGUAGAAGUUGUGGGAGCUUUCAGUGACAAACAGGGAGUUGGUGUUUAUGUGACCGAUGCCUACAGCGUGGGCUCAGACCCAGUGGAGCUUGUGGCGUUUCUGAAAGCUGGAGGAGGGGUGCUGAUAGCUGGGCAGGCGUGGAGUUGGGCUGCAGAUCACCCCAAAGAGAACGCACUGCAUCAGUUUGAUGGGAAUAAAGUGUCGGGAGUGGCAGGAAUCUACUUCACUGAGCGUUGUGGUGAAGUGGAGAACCUGCCUGUCUACCCUCAGAUCCCGUCCUCCUGGAUGUCUGUGGUCUUGGGUAAGGAUUUUGAAGACGACUUGCAGUUCUUACUCCAGGGGGUUUCAGAGUUCCAGGUCCCGUCUAAUUUAACUGCUUCCGAGGUUUUAGUCCAUGGACCGCUAGCAUUUCCCAUCGCGACCACAGGUGAUGGACGGGCGUUCCUGGCAGGAGGCUACUAUGGACAGGGACGAGUGAUUGUGGCUACACAUGAAGGAUUUCUGGGACUUGAGAGCAUGGCUCCAUUUUGGCAAAAUGCCAUUCACUGGUUGGAUGAAGGCCGCAGAGGGGUUGUAGGUGUCAUGAAUAUAGAUGCUGCACUCAAUAUUCUCAGCAAGUCAGGGCUGAAGUGUGAGAAGACAAAAUUCAGGAAAGACCACAGCGUGUUUGUGUGUAAAGCGUAUAUCACUGAGCAUUUGGAGGAAAUCCAAAACUUUGUGGCAGAGGGAGGAGGCCUGCUGAUUGGAGGACAUGCCUGGUACUGGGCACAGACACAUAGUGGGCAAAAUCCACUUACAGAAUUCUCAGGAAACAAGAUCUUAAAUCAAAUGGGAUUGAGCCUGUUGGGAGCAACAAUCUACCUCAUCAAGGACAACCCAAUGAUGCCUGUUGUCUAUAACCACCGGAUCAAGGUUGAUGUUGAUACAGCAGAUGGGGAAGAGUGGAUCAGUACAGGUCUCUACCUCUCUCCUGGUAUGAAGACCUACAUCGCUAUACCACCUCAGAUUGUCAACAAGGAUUGGAAGAUUCAGAUAGGAUGUCAAACUGAUUCACUGCACCACCAUGAGGAGCUGAAGAGACCACCGUCUGUCCAUGAGCGAUUUCCUGUCACAUCAGAGAUGAUACAGGUUUGGAACCUUUGGGGAGGACUCAUCUUCCUUGUGGCCCCACCCAAAACACAAGUGAAGGGGUUGGAGGUCAUAGUGCAGAUGGCUGUACCUGCUCCAUACUAUAAGUCUGGUGUAACAACUGCAGCUCAGUGGUCAUUGCUGCGCACAGCUCCUUCACCCUGGGCAGAGUUGGAGUUCGAAAACAUCAUCCUCACCGUACCAUCAGAUGCUGUUCGGGGUCUGGAGCGCCCUGACGAGCUAGCCGCUCUGUGGGAUGAAAUCAUGAGGGCCAUUGCAGAUCUGGCUGCCAAACCACACAAAUUUCCCCGCAAGGAGCGCUUUGUGGCAGAUGUGCAGAUUUCUGCUGGCUGGAUGCAUGCAGGUUAUCCUAUCAUGGCACACAAAGUCUCAGCUGCUGAGCUGGUCGGUGUUAAAAAAGGGAAAGAAAUGUGGGGCCCCAUCCACGAGCUGGGACACAACCAACAGAGAGGCUGCUGGGAGUUCCCACCAAACACCACAGAGUGUACAUGCAACCUGUGGUCAGUGUAUGUGCAUGAAGAGGUGCUGGGUCUCCACAGAGGACAGGCUCAUGGAGCUAUGACUGCAGAAAAUCGACAAAGUCGAGCCAAGGAUUACGUCGCAGGAGGCAGGAAACCUGAGAGCUGGAGCAUGUGGGUGGCUCUGGAAACAUAUAUGCAGCUCCAGGAAAGGUUUGGCUGGGAUGCCUUUAAGAAGGUGUUUACUGCGUAUCAUCACAUGAAAGACAUCCCCAAGGACAACAAAGGAAAGAUGAACCUGUAUGCUGAGACUUUCUCCCAGACUGUGGGUAUGGACCUGACUGGCUUCUUUAAGGCCUGGGGCUGGCCAAUAGAAACAGCCACUGAAGGGAAGCUCUCAACACUGCCUCCCUGGAAUGAUCACCCCAUGACCCAGUAUGACUAAACCUCAAACCACUGCAGUGUGCAGAGAAAUGGUUUCAACCAAUAUCUUAAUUUGAAGUGAAUGAUGAGCAACACGGUGAACUGAUUUGGUGUCUGGUGUUCUGUUUUAACAACAUUUAUUAGAGUAUCUGAAUAGAGAAACAGAAAUGGUGGACUGAGGUUGUAGGUAUCAAAUCUUUCCCUUUAUUUUGUACUGGUCUGAAAACAUACUAAAGCAUUGCACUAUUAUAGCAUACAUUGCAGUUAUUUGUCUUCCACUGUGUUCUAUGUGCUCUACUGAAUACGUUCACUGUAAACCUUUCAUUACAAAUAAUAGCAGUCUUUUGUGAGGACACUGUUCCGAAGGGUUAAAGAAAUCUGAGCUGGCAGCAAUCACUUCAGAGUGUCGGGUCAGAACACUUGCAAAUGUUCAGAUGUGAGAGGAACAAACAGGCAGAGUCCAGGAAUAAAGUUGUCAUUCUUUGUAUUUCCAAUUGAGAAUGUGCCCGCAGCUGGGCGACAGAGUGUGUGUGGGUGGUUUCUGCAGACAAAGCAUAAUGAUACAAAUCAAUUAGGAAUCAAAUUACAUAAUAAACAAAGAUAUAACUGAGGUGUACUCAAGUACAGUAUAUAAGCUGACAUUAUACUUCAGCCUGGUUACAUAAACUUAAAGUCAGACAUUAUGCAUUAACACACCGCAUACAACUAUGCACUGAAGGCAACUUUACAUCGGUUUAUCAUCUGUUACACAGAGCACAGAAUCAACAACACGAUAAAAACGAAUCUCUCUGCUAGAAGCUAAUUAGCAAACAAAUCUGUUAUGCUAGCGAACUGCCACUUGUACAUAACGUCACUUAAACAGAAGCAGAAACUGCUGGUAAGUCAUCAAAUACACUCAUGGCUGAACACCAACAUAACUGAGUGAAGUAAAACAUUAACUUACGGUCUUAUGAACGCACACACUGUCCGUUGUUUGGCUGCCGUUUGUCUCUGAACUAAAGUUGCGGACAUGCACCCCGAUGGUGCAUUCAGGGGGCAUAGAAAAUCCCAUACACAAACCUAACCCUUUUGUACAGAUACAGUUGUUGAUAUUAGGACACUAAUAUCAUUAGAAAUUUGGUUUUACUUUCUGUGAAUGAGCAUAAUAUUGAAUCUCUCAUUUGCUCUGCUUCUGUAUUUUCAUGUUUGCAUUUCCAAGUUGCACUACAGACGUCAGACUUUUUAAUAAAAUAACCUUUGUCUUUAGUUUUACUACACUGAUAUCUGAAACAGUAAGAGACAUCACUUUAUUUCUAAAAGCAGUGAAGGGCUUUGUUUCAUUCUGAAAUCUUUGUCUCUGCGAUCAUUUGAGCAAAGCCAAAUAAUUUUGUUCCCUGCAGAAAAUGCAACUUGAUGUUUGUGACUUGUGAAAACUGGAAGACAUUACAUUACUAAACAGAGAUUGUUUCUGAAGAUGAAAAUGUUCUUGCAUGUUUGCAUAUUUAUUACUUACUUUCAUUUCUUUACUUGCAUCCAAAACUGCCAUGGUUUUCUUCCACACAUAAACACACACAGUGACAUAUAGGAUGCUAUUGCAGAGCCAGCCCUUAAAACUAGAUGAAUGAGUGCGUAAUAAAGCCUGGGUGUGUCGCUUG